AUGAAGGUGUUAGUCCUCGGUGGUACUGGAUUUGUUGGCCGCAAUUUGGUCAAGAUGCUGAUGGAUGGAGGGAAGACUUCGUACAUCCGAUCUGUCGAUAAGGUCUUUCCCGAGACUGCUUAUUUAAGUGCGGAGCACUCCGCUGUCUACGCUGAUCCACAAAAGUGUGAGUUCAUGCAAGGCAAUUUAGUGAAUCAAGCCUCAGUGUCUAAAAUGUUUACUGUUGAUGGAGGCUUUGAUGUUGUCUAUGACUGUGCUGCUGAGACUAAACUUGGACAAGACGCUUUCAUAUAUGAACAAAAGACUUAUGGAUUAACUAAGAUGGUAGCGGAAGAGGCGGUCAAGACUAAAGUCAAAAAGUUCAUUCAUUUGUCGAAUGCACAAGUCUAUGACUCAUCAUCCAAACCUAAAGAUGAAAAAGCAAAGAUCAAGCCGUGGACUCGACUUGCAACGUCGCAAGCUAAGGCCGACGAUGAACUCCUUAAGAUGAAGGAUUUACCAGUCGUCAUUUUGAGACCAUCUAUUAUUUAUGGACAAGGCGACGUCACUGGUAUUGCUCCACGUAUCAUCUGUGCCGCUGUUUAUAAGUUCACUGGGAAGAAGAUGGAGUUCUUGUGGACUGGAGAUAUGAAGAUGAAUACCGUUCAUGUCAAAGACGUUUGUAAGGCUAUGAUCCAUUGUGCUACUGAACCAAAAAUCACUAUUGGGUCCAUCUUCAACUUGUGCGACAAAAACGAUACAACACAGAAAAAGGUCAACACCAUCUUGGAAGAGAUUUUCAAAAUAAAAACUGGAUUCAAGGGAACUAUCAUCUCAACGGCCGCAGAAAAACUCGGAAUGGAAGAUGUGUGCGAAACAGUCAAUGAUGAACACUUGAAACCAUGGUCACAACUGUGCAAGGAAAAAAAUCUUGUAGGGACUCCGCUCUCCCCAUUCUUGGACCAGGAACUCUUGUACAACAACCCGUAUUGCAUCGAUGGGUCUGCUAUCGAAAAAACAGGAUUCACUUACGAUGUACCUAAUAUGACAACGGACCUCAUAAAAGACGAAAUCAAGUACUUCUCAGACUUGAAACUCUUCCCAGUCUACUAA